ACACACACUCUCUCUCUCUCUCUCUCUCUCACACACACACACACACACACACUCUCUAUCACACACACAUACACACUCUCUAUCACACACACACGCCUGCGCGCGUGCAUACACACGCAAAAACCCCUUGAGCUUAUUUGCAUACCUUUCAUUACAAACACGCUCACUUGCCAGUGUUACUGUGUUACUCAUGCAUGCGCAAUUAAAGGAUUUAUUAUUUUUUUUAAUCUUUUCUUUUUGCACCAUCCUCGACAUGUUUCUACACAGAUCACUGUGUUUAUUAGGUUGCAUUUCAGGCUUGGUUGAGAGGAUAAACAGAUUCAUCAGUGCUGUAAUCAUGCAGGCAAUGGAGGAAAAUGUGUUGUAAAAUCUGAUCUGAUCUGAUCUGAAACAAACAAAGCAACUUGAGACAAGAGAGAGAGAGAGAGAGGGAGAGAGAGAGAGAGAGAGAGGACGUUUCGUAAUGAUCUAACACAGAAAAAGGAAGGAAGAUUUUUUUUCUGCUGUUCUGCUCUGUUCCUGGUGGCGCUGACAACUUUUUUUUUCGUUUGAGGAAGAAUUGUGUUGUUGUUGUUGUUGUUGCUUGAUCGUGCAUCCUCAAGCUGAACAUCGUGACUGAUCGGAGAGGGUCAGGCUUUAUUUUUAGCCCUGCAGUGUGUUGCUACAAAGUGAAACGAGGAUUUGGACAUUCCUUCUCUCUCUCUCUCUCUCUCUCUCUCUCUCUCUGUGUGUGUGUGUGUGUGUGUGUUUGUCGGGACCGGAACGGUGUCCGUGCUGGAGAAGAAGGAUGCAAUUCUAGGCUAUAAAUAGCGCGCGCGCAAAAAAAAAAAAAAAAAAAAAAAAAGAUCUUGGGGAAGAAAAAAAAAAACCCGCACACAACUGCUGCACGCGUUUUUUUUUUUUUUCGUGUCCGUGUCUCGCGCGGAAUGCCGUGGAUCUCGGUAGCUCUCUCUCUCUCUCUCUCUCUCUCUCUCUCACACACACACACACUCUCUCUCUCUCUCUCGCGCUCUGUUUAUUGUUCCUAACCGAGACAGCUCAAUAAAACGUGUCACUGGGAUUAUGGGAAACUUCUGCGACUUGCCGAUGGUCAAUAUUUAGACAAUUGGAUGGAUUUUGUUCUUGAAGAAGACGACAAAAACGCCAUAGUGGAUUACAGCAGUGUGAGAUUACUCGUAUUUUUAUGAUUAAAACAAUCAAGCGGGAAGAAGAAGAAGAAGAAGAAGACGAAGAAGAAGAAGAAGAAGAAGACGAAAAGGAGGAAAAGAAAGCAGAUGUGGCAUGGACACGGCUCGUCGUGUGUCCUGGCUCGGGUUAAAAAAGCACGGCUACACGCCACACCGCGCGCGACAAUGAUUCGGUUUCCGAGUGUAAAACAGCCCGGUAUUUACACACACAUCCGGAUCGGCGAAACAAAGAAUCGAUUUGCAUGAGUCUCCGUUACACACACACCUUCAUCACGCCUUUUCUCCAAAACAAUAAUUCAGCAAUCAUUCGCAGAGGCUUAGGAACAGGGAUCCUGUUUGUUUGUUUGUUUUCUUUUUGAAUACGGAACCGUUUUGGCACCGUGGGCUCGAUCCUAAUACAGAUCGAUCGAGGAUUUCGACAUGCCCUACACUGAGGAAGCCAUCGGCGGACCACUAUGACUACAGCAGCGAAUUGGGUGGCGAACGGGGCAAGCCUCGAAGACUGCCAUUCCAACCUUUUCUCUCUGGCGGAGUUGACGGGCAUCAAAUGGCGCUGCUACAACUUCCGUGGCGGUGGCGAAUAUGGACCCGUGAUCUCGGCUCCAGCACAGGAUGACCCGGUGCUGUGCAGCUUUACACGCUGCGUGCAAGCCAACCUGCUUUGUGUUUGGCGACGCAGACUCAAACCUGAUGCCAAGGAGCUCUGGAUCUUCUGGUGGGGCGACGAACCCAACUUGAGUGACAUCAUACACCAUGAGCUUGAAGUGGUUGAAGAGGGACUGUGGGAAUGUGGACUUUCCUAUGAGUGCAGGACACUCCUCUUCAAGGCUGUUCACAACCUGCUGGAACGGUGCCUCAUGGACAAGGACUUUGUGCGCAUCGGCAAGUGGUUCGUCAAGCCUUACGAGCUCGAAGAGAAGCACCUGGGCGCCAGCAGCAGUGAGCACCUCUCCUGCUCCUUCUCCUUCUUCCUGCAUGGUGAGAGUAACGUGUGCACCAGCGUGGAGAUCUCACAGCACCAGCCUGUCUACCACAUCACUGAGGAGCAUGUGCGCCUGGCCCAGACCUCCAGCAGUCCCAUACAGGUGAUCCUGAGUCCGUACGGGUUGGGUGGCACUCUGACGGGCCAGGUGUUUAAGAUGAGCGAUCCGGCAGUACGGAAGCUGAUGGAAGAGUGGAGCUACUUCUACCCCAUGGCGCUGAAACACAGCAGGGGCGAGCACAACAGUGACCUUAGCUACGACCCCCACAGCCAUGUCGCUCUGGAGGUCAUCGUGGGUGGUGUGAGGAUGAUCUACCCAGCUGCCUUUGUGCUCAUUGCCCAAGCUGAUCUGCCUGUGGAACAGCCUCCUCCUGCCCAGGGAGCUCAAAGUGGCACUAGAGACUCAUCAAACUGCGGCAUUCCUCUCACCCCUCCCACUUCCCCAGAGCAGCCUUGCUCCGGUGACAGUGGUUUUCAGACCGCAGUCUCUAGCGUGAGUAGUCAAGAGAGCGGAGCCACUCACAGCCCAAAGCAUUCGGAGAAAAAGCUGAGUAAUCAGAUGGUCCAUCAAGCAUGGAAGGAAUGCUACAUGAACCAAUUACAGCGCAAAUGCAAUCUGUCGAACGGCAUGGUGCCAAAGAAGGAAGUAACAAGCGAGGUGGCAGUGUGGGACUUCACUGACCCGGGGGAGAGAGCCCCAUGCAGCUGUAACAGGUUGAGGCAGCAGUCAAAGCAGCAGCAAGCAAAUGGCUUCUCUGCCAAUUCCCAGCCCAUUACCAACCCCUCUUCCUCUUCCAGCUCUUCCUCCUUAUCCUCCUCUUUACCCCCACCUUCUACACCUAAAAGCAAGACUGCUGACAAAGCAGACAAGUCUGACAAGGUGCCCAAACGGGCAGCCAUAACCCCCUUCCACCACCGCCUCUCUGUAGACCAGCAGCCAUGCCCGGAGCAGGAUGCAACUCCCGGACCUCAACUGGUACUCGCAGCCUUGGACACUUCUCUGGAUACCUUGCCUGGCUGCAAGUACCCUAAACAAAUGUUCACUGGCAGAAAAGGGCCUGAAUCUCUCCUCCAUUCUCCAGUAUCACCACUACCACCUACACUAAGCCCACACCCUAGGGUGCAGGACCCUGAAGUUAUGGAGGCACCCAUGGAUGUUUCCCAAUGCCUAGAGGGCACUUCCGUGCCUACAGCCCCGGAAAUGAGUGACACUGCUCUGUACACAGCCUCUCUAGUGCCCAGAGAACCCAGUGGGGGCUGGUGGAAGAGUUACAGGACUCCCAGGGUAGACAAAGCUGAGUUCAAGCCACCAGAAUUGCCCUGUGAUAUGGUGGAGAUCAAAGCUGAUGGGGAAGGAACUGCCUUGAAGAGUUUUUUUGCACAGACGCAUAAGAGGUUUAAGAUCUCAGAAGAGCGGCUCCAGGAGCACAUGAGCACUCUGGGGUUCCUGCAGCAGCAAGGAGUUGAGGGGCUUGGGGAAACUGGUGAAGAUCCCUAUGACUUCAAGGAAGGGGACAUUGAGUACAGCUUCCCAACCUCCAAAAGACUGAAGAGCCGAGAUCCAAGUCGGAAAGCAAAGGGAGAGGAGGUCAAUGGCAACAGUGCAGUCCCUGAAGGGAAAGACGCCAUGUCCAUUUUCAGCUCCGCUCCUAAAUUUGCAGAGGAAUUGGCUCAGGACGAGUCUGGAGGAAAGGCCAACCCGCCUCUGACCAGAGAGAAAGAUCUGAUAGUGCUCAUAUCUGACUUGGAAAACAUCUUUGGGGAGGAAGAAGAUGAUCUAGGGACCACUUUUCCUAAUCAUCAGCAGCCGUCCAAGAAUGUGGUGCCAGGAGCUGAAGAGCGCCCCCUGGGGAUUGAUGGGAGAGUAGCAGUGCCAUAUCCCUCAACAGUAGCAGAGCUUCAGCGGAUGUUCCCCACUCCUCCCUCUCUGGAGCAGCACCCAGCCUUCUCCCCAAUCACAACCUACCGUGAUACCCCCAGCCAAGAAACCCCAGCACCUUCAGCAGGACACGAGCAUCCCCUCAACACACACACCAACAGCCAGCUUAGUGACUUCAGGUCUGAGAUGGAUGAGAGUGUGACAAGCCCCAAAGCAGAGGACAUACGGCCACAGAUGGGUUGUUCCAUGUUUGCUCCCCUCCGGACAUUACCCAGCCAGUGUCUUCCCCCACUGAAGAUCCCUGAGCAGUGCUACUACAGACCCUCAUGGUCCAUGCUUCCCAAGAUGGAGCAGUACUGCCUCCCAAGCCAGGCUCCUUUUGUACCAGAUGGAUAUGUUAAUGUUCCCAGCAUCGGUGCUCUGCAGGAUCAAGACUAUGCCCAGAUGAGCACUGGUACCGCCUCUGUUGGCACAGCAGGUGGAGUCUUGCCUUCACCAGCGACACCCCGUUUCUCCGUACCCACACCACGCACCCCGCGCACCCCCCGUGGUGUAGGCACUGCCAGUGGGCAGGGCUCGAUCAAGCAGGACGGUACAGAGCUGAGCUCGCCCAUUUCCACACCCUCCACCGGCCUACCCCUGAGCUCGGUGGAGCCACUGGCAUCAGGGCCGGUUUUGCCUGAGGCGCACAGCCUCUACGUCAUCCUGCUUCUCUCUGAUUCUGUCCUUGAUGUAUUCAAGGACCGCAGCUUUGACAGCUGCUGCAUCUGUGCUUGCAAUAUGAACGUGAAGGGUGCUGAUGUGGGUAUUUAUAUCCCUGACUCCACCCGUGAGGAUCAGUAUCGCUGUAUGUGUGGCUUCAGCGCCAUCGCUAACCGACGUCUGGCACACGGUGCCGGACUCUUCCUUGAGGAUGAGCUGGACAUCUUUGGACGUGGCUCAGAGGCGGGACGGGCAGCUGAGAGGAGGUUAGCUCUGGGCAGGAGGGACACGCCUACUGGUGGGAGGCGGGCCCAGGAGCAAACGCCUAUGGAGGUGUUAGAACUGAUUCAGGAGCAGUGUUCCCAGCCUAUCUUGUCUGUGGCAUCUCUGCAUAGUCCCGCUGCUUGUUCUUGCCGUAGCAGGCAGAGGGCACUGUUGCAGAGCUGGGUAGCUGAUCGGCUGUGGGCGGACAGUAGUGAUGCGUGUGUGGAGUGUUACAACGCUCUGGUGCAGGGGCUGCAGUAUGUGGACAAUGCAGCUGGUGGAAAGGUGGAGCAGGCUUUAGUGAGGAGCAGUGCCCUGCACUCCUGGCCUCACACGAAUGUGUUAGAUAUCAGCAUGCUGUCCUCUCAGGAUGUAGUACGCAUGCUGCUGUCUCUGCAGCCUUUCCUGCAAGAUGCCAUUCAAAAGAAGCGCACUGGCCGGACCUGGGAAAACAUACAGCAUGUGCAGGGCCCACUCACAUGGCAGCAGUUCCACAAAAUGGCUGGACGGGGUUCCUACGGUUCGGAGGAAUCUCCAGAGCCGCUCCCCAUUCCCACACUGCUGUUGGGGUAUGACCGAGACUUCCUGGCCCUGUCCCCUCUGGCUCUGCCCUUUUGGGAGAAGUUGCUUCUGGAGCCCUAUGGGGGUCAGAGGGAUGUUGCUUUCCUGGUCCUCUGCCCUGCUAAUGACAUCCUGCUUGCUGGAGCCAAAACCUUUUUUCAGGAGCUCAGUGCUGUCUAUGAGUCAUGUCGGUUGGGGAAGCACCAUCCGCUGGCCCGGAUGUCCAGGGAUGGCAUUGUACCAGUGGGGCCAAUGGAAUCUGAGAAGCUGGAGGAGAACAGAGGAGAGGUGGAUGAGUGGAUGACAGGGCCAUGGGCAGGUCAAUACCGAGAGGAUCAUCUGAGCAAACUCAAGCUCUACGCCCAAACCUGCAAGCAGAAAUUAGCCCCACAGCUCUCAGCUCUGUUGUUAGACAGCAGUCUUCUCCUGCCCCCGAAGCCUCAACCUAGCUCAGCUCCUGCCCCUUCCACCCAGCUGAACCCUGGCUCUGGGGCCCCUGAAGGAGAAACAGCAGCAGGAACAGCAGCAGCUGGAGUCCCUGGAUCAGGAAACACGCCCACGCCCACUAGUACCAGCACGGGCCAGGCCAGCACAGAAGGUGCAGAUACACAAAGUGUCCCUAACACAACGCCAAACCAGCAGAGCCAUCUGACAGAUAAUGCUGAGAGCUUGGCAGAGCGAGAGCGAAUCGGCAUUCCCACAGCAGCACAGUCUGCGGAUAGCCACGCCUACCCUCCAGCCAUAGUGCUGUACCUAGUGGACCCCUUUUUGUGCUCAGGCUCCGGGGUGGGGUCAGGGGAGGAAGAGGAAGCAGAAGAGGUGGAGUCACGCAGCAUGUGGUUGCUGGCGCUUCUUCGCUGCUACACAGAUAUGCUGAGCACGCUGCCAGAGAACAUACAGUCAGCGCUGGUGCUACAGGUGGUGCCAUGUCAGUACCUGUUACAGCCAGCCAGUGGUGAGAGUCCUCUGUACCUGCAGCACCUACGGUCUCUGGCUUUCUCUGCCCACUCGCAGUGCAGACGCCGGCUUCCUACACAGACGCACAUCAAAUCCCUCACAGGAUUUGGUCCGGCUGCCACCAUUGGCUCUUUGUUCAAGAGCGUAGAGAACCCCAGCUCUAUGCAAGUAUACUGUCCUCCGUUUGUCCUGGCCCCCCUGCGGACUAAGCAACCAGAUGUAGGGGAGGAAGCUACCACCCGCUAUAACGUGCUCUUUGUUGGGUACUGCCUGUCCCAUGACCAGCGAUGGAUCCUUGCUUCUUGCACUGAUCAGCAGGGGGAACUCCUAGAGACCUGCAUUAUCAACAUUGAUGUCCCCAACAGGUCUCGCCGCCCCAAGUUUUCCCCACGCAAAAUAGGCCUGCAGAAACUGUGGGAGUGGUGCAUUGGUAUCAUCCAAAUGACAGCAGUUCCUUGGAGGAUUGUGAUCGGGCGAUUGGGUCGAUUAGGUCACGGCGAGCUGAAAGACUGGAGUCUGUUGCUGGGUGAACACUCUCUGCACUCGAUUAGCAGGCAGCUGCGUGAGGCAUGUCGCAUGUGUGGCAUUUCAGCCGCUGAUUCGCCGUCCAUCCUCAGUGCCUGCCUGGUCUCCAUGGAGCCCCAGGGGUCCUUUGUGGUCAUGCCAGAUGCUGUGACUAUGGGUUCAGUGUUUGGCCGCAGCACAGCUCUCAACCUGCAGACAUCUCAGCUCAACACCCCACAGGAUGCUUCCUGCACCCACAUCCUGGUCUUUCCCACUUCAUCCACCACACAAGUGGCCCCAAGUUCUUAUCCUACUGAGGACAACCCAGAUGAUAUAUUCGGCCUGCCAUUCACGGACGACCUGGAAAAAGAUAUUGAGCACGAUAUGAUGCUGAUUACCGGAAACCUUCACGCUUCCCCUAACACCUCGCCUGUGCCUUCCCCUGGCUCCCCCUCUGGUCUGGGGGUGGGCUCUCAUUUCCCUCACACUCGGAGUCAGAGUGAGCGGUUGUUGUCCCGUGAGGCUCCUGAAGAGCUGAAGCAGCAGCCCCUGGCUUUAGGCUAUUACGUCUCCACUGCUCAGGCAGAAGGACUGCCUCACUGGUUCUGGGCCUCGUGUCCUCAAGCGCAGAAUCAAUGUCCACUCUUUCUCAAGGCCUCUCUGCACCACCAUAUCUCCAUUGCUCAGACAGACGAGCUUGUCUCCAGCAAGACGUCCCAGAGGAACCCACAUCCACUGGACUCCAAAACCACUUCAGAUGUGCUCAGGUUUGUGCUGGAGCAGUACAACGCCCUCUCCUGGUUAACCUGCAGCCCGGCCACCCAAGACCGCCGCUCCUGCCUCCCUGUGCACUUAGUCAUCCUCACACAGAUGUACAAUGCCAUCCUCAACAUCUUAUAGGACUAGUGGAGUGAGGCCAGCAUGGCUGGAAGCAGCUGCAUGCCUCUGAAACGGGUGCUUGGGACCAUCGUUCUGAAAUGUAGCCACCAUUCGGGGUUGAAGUUGAAGGGGAAACUAUUUGCUCUAGCACUGCCUUUCUUUACAGGCCGGAUUUCUGGAUUUCUGGGCUUUUGACUUUGAACCAACGAAGGCAGCUUGUGCUAUCCAUAGAGGCCAGUCAUCUUUUUUUUGGUGGAAGCAUGCGACCAUCUCAGAAAUAAGCAUAGUACAAUCACUACCCUUUAACUCUCAGCCGCUGAUGGGGUGAUACGGUCCGGCCUGGAGGAAAGGGUUUUGAAUCUUGCACUUUUUGGAUAGAAAAUUGAGCUUCAAAUGGCAGCCAUACUUUUUAAUGUUUUUUUCCCUGCCAUUUUUCUCCAUGUAAGACCCAAGCAAAGGGGGCUAGCUGGAUUAAUUGUUGAGUAAUAACACUAGGAUGGAAGCUAAAAACAUCUCUGAAGGCCUGUGGUUGCCAUCAGCUGUCUUAUCACUUGACCACAUCCCUACGCAAAUGUGCUCUACAGAAAUGUAUGGAUCAACUGGUAGGCCUGAUUUGAACACUAUGUUCACAUUACAAGCCUCUUUUCACAAUUCUGAUUUUUUGCUCAGAUUGGAACUGUCUUGCUAGAUGGUUAACAUUCAUAAUCGCAAGUCAGCCAUAUCUUCAUUUGUUUCGAACACUACUCAGUUUUCUGUAAGUUCCUUUAAGUUGUUCUUGAAUCAAUUCCCCAAAUAUCAAAAUGUGCGCAUUAAAGUGCGUUGGGAAAAAGGUCACAGGAAUUCCUGAAUCUGACCACUCUCAAUCAUGUCAGAUGGCAAAUUAUCAGAUACAUAUCCAAUCUAGUACCACAUAUGAAAGAGCCUAAGGUCUAAUUUGAAAAGAUCAGACUACUGUAUCCACACAGUCCUGAAAAAACAAUCCUGUCUGAUUGAGGCAAAAAAAAUCAGAUUUGUGUCAGUUUGUGUCAAUGUGAAUGUAGCCUAAGGUUCUGUUACAGCAACAGCAAUUUUCCCACAAGCCCUGAAGAUUCACGGAACAUCACACACUCAUUUCCACUACGGCCUAAACCAAUAUGCAAGAGACUCUCUCCAUCGCACUCCAAACUGCCCACAGUGUAAUCAGCCCAGAGGCUAAUGGACCAGCAAGGGAAGCCCAGCUUAACCUUUUUUUAAACAUCUUUGUAAUCUAUUGUACAAAGCUCUUCUGAUUAUAUCUCUCUCAAUUUGUACUUAAAGCUGAACCCUCGAGAGAGAACGCAACAAACUUCGUUUAAUAACGGCACUUUCUCCCUCACAGCCCUGUUGUAGAUAAACUCGCCAGCUAAUAUUUGACAAUGAAAUCUAAACUCUUGUUUAUAGUGUAGACUUUGCAGAGAAUUAUUUUUAUUAAUGCAAGCAAAAAAAAUCAAGUAAUUUCCUUUUGUUUUGUUUUUUUUCCAAAUUCAAAUUGAGAGCAUUGAGAUGGUAAUUUUAAAGACGAUUGUACAACAAAAUGUUAAAAUGCCAUAUUUAUAUAUUAUAUAUCCCAUUGUAUACAUUACAUUUAUAUCAAAUCUCUUUCUAGCUACCACAAAUGGGUAAUAUUGUGUAGGGAUUUACAUUAAAAAAGUCUUUCACGAGACAAAACAGUAUAAAGCGUUUAUGAAAUGAAUGCAUUAAGUUGCCUAUUUUUUAUUUACACUCGUCUUUUUUGCCUUUUAAUUUAAUGCGUUAAGUUAAUAGCUAAACAAUGCAGAAAUGAUAUAUUUAUGAAGUGUUUUCUAUCACUGCAAAAUGAACUUGAACUAGGCAAUAGAUUGAAUUCAGUGUAUAUGAACAUGAAACAUAUUGUACAUUUGAACUAAUAUGCAUUAUUUGUAAGGCAGUCUUUAAAGAUGUCAAAUUUAACCGUCAGAAAAGGCCUGUUUCUUAUUCAUGGUCACAAAUGUUGCCCUGUAAUUUGUAUACUUCCUUGCAUGUUUGUAUAUACACUUUUCAGCAGUGUUUUUUUUCCAUAUUUUUUGAAGCUGUACAUUUCAUGGCAUUAUUGAAUUAUUUUAUUUUAUUCUACAUGACUCCUAUGAAGUUUCUUUUUUUUUUUUUUUUUUGAGAUAUUAUUAUACAGUAUAGCCACCUCAUUCAAAUACAGCCAAGGGUGCAUUGCCAAGAUUUAUGUAUACUAAGGACAAAUACUUUUGGGGCAGGUUUGUUACACCUACCAUCAUUUUGAAUAUUGAGCAGAUCUGUCUCUGGGAAAAAAAAAGGAUCUGUAACUUUUACACUUUUUUUAAAGUAAAUUAUUCAAAUCUGAAA